UAUUUACCUAACGUGAGCAGGGACAUGUCAGUGGAUGAAGUUUGACGGAUCUGCUCUAGUCCAUGAAUAUGAACAGACUUUGGAUAUGAAUCUUCAAAUAUCAUAUCCGUAAAUACCCUGAAAGGAUAGACUAUGCGAUUUGGUGUAACAUUUAGCAUUUUGCGUGCGUAUGCCUGCUCCUGCAAGAAUGGAGCUCAAACGCUCGGGUGUAGAUGGCAGGGGAAAAGAAGCUACCGAUCUUUGCCAGAUGAUGUCAAAUCUCCACGACAAGUGGUCACCCCGGAUAUAUCAAAAAUCAGAAACAUCGGUAUCAUGGCGCACAUCGACGCAGGGAAAACCACUACCACGGAGAGGAUGCUCUUUUACUCCGGCUACAUCAGAGCGUUGGGCGAUGUGGAUGAUGGGGACACGGUGACGGACUACAUGGCCCAGGAGAGAGAGAGGGGAAUCACCAUCCAGUCAGCAGCCGUCACCUUCGACUGGAAACAGCACAGGAUCAACCUCAUAGACACACCAGGGCACGUGGACUUCACCCUGGAGGUGGAGAGAGCGCUGAGAGUGCUGGACGGGGCUGUGGCCGUGUUCGACGCCUCAGCAGGGGUGGAGGCCCAAACCUUGACUGUUUGGCGGCAGGCAGACAAGCAUGAAGUGCCUUGCGUGUGCUUUUUGAACAAGAUGGACAAGCCUGGAGCCAGCCUGAGCUUCUCCAUCCAGAGCAUCAAGGACAAACUGAAGGCCAACCCAGUCCUGCUGCAGAUUCCCAUCGGCACUGGGAGGAGCUUCAGUGGGCUGGUGGACCUGGUCACCAAGCAACGGAUGACCUGGCGGCCUAGAGGACGUGAGGAUGAUGGCCGGACGUUUGAGGUGACGGCCCUGGAGCCAGGGGACGACCCAGAGCUGCUUGAACAGACCAACGAUGCCAGAGGGGCCCUCAUAGAACAGGUGGCAGAUCUCGAUGAUGAGUUUGCUGAGCUGCUGUUGGGGGAGUUCAGUGAGGACUUUGAUGCUGUUCCUCCAGAGAAGCUUCAGCAGGCUGUGCGGCGGAUCACACUGGCACGGAGAGGUGUGCCCGUCCUGGUGGGCAGUGCCCUGAAGAACAAAGGUGUGCAGCCCCUCCUGGAUGCCAUCACCCUCUACCUGCCCGCGCCCGACGAGAGGCAUCACGAUCUGGUACGCUGGUAUAAAGAUGACCUGUGUGCGUUGGCCUUUAAGGUCAUCCAUGACAAACAGAGAGGUCCACUGGUGUUCCUGCGCAUCUACUCCGGUUCUAUGAAGCCCCAGUCCUCGGUCCACAACAUCAACAGAAACGGAACGGAGAGGAUGAGUCGUCUGCUGCUACCAUUUGCUGACCAGCAUGUAGAGAUUCCUUCCCUUAGUGCAGGGAACAUUGCUCUCACUGUUGGACUCAAACAGACGGUGACGGGCGACACCAUCGUGUCCUCCAGGGCGUCUGCGGCGGCUGCAGGCCGGCGUGCUCAGAAGGAGGCCCAGGAGCGGAGAGGCUCGGCUGGGGGAGCGGGCGGCAGGGAGGCCCCUGGGCUGGUCCUGGCGGGGGUGGAGGUGCCAGAGCCCGUCUUCUUCUGCUCCAUAGAGCCGCCAUCCAUGGCCAAACAGGCCGACUUGGACCAUGCCCUAACCUGCCUACAGAGGGAGGACCCCAGUCUUAAGGUCCGCACAGAUCCUGACUCUGGACAGACUGUUCUGUGUGGUAUGGGUGAACUGCACAUUGAGAUCAUCCACGAUCGCAUCAGGAGGGAGUACGGCAUCGAGACACACCUGGGCCCUCUGCAGGUGGCCUACCGGGAGACCAUCCUCCAAUCGGCAUCCACCACAGACACUCUGGACCGCACGGUGGGGGAGCGGAGACAUGUGGCCACGGUCACUCUGUCGGUCCACCCCAGUGACGACCCAUCAUGCUCCUCUUCCUGUGCCGUUUACCUGGACGAGGAAGUGGAGCUGCAGCUUCCUGCUGAGCUGCGGGAGGCCGUGGAGAAUGGCGUGCACAGCGCUUAUCUCCAAGGUCCGUUGCUGGGGUACCCGAUGCAGGGCGUGAGCACCACGAUUCAGAGUGUGAGCAUGGAGCCGGGCACUUCACUGGCCAUGGUGGCAGCGUGUGUGUCGCGCUGCAUGCUCAAGGCGCUAAAGAAGGCUGGUGGGCAGGUCCUGGAGCCGGUGAUGUCACUGGAGGUGACUGUUGGGGAGGAGCUACUGAGCCCUGUGCUAGCUGACCUCGCGCAGCGACGGGGCUCCAUCCAGGACGUCCAGAGUCGCCAUGACAACAAGGUCCUGCUGGCCACGGUUCCACUGGCCGAAAUGAUGGGCUACUCUACGGUCAUGCGAACUUUGACCUCGGGGAAUGCAACCUUCUCUCUGCAACUGUCCAGCUACGAGGCCAUGACCCCUCAGGACCAGACCGCCCUGCUCAGGAAGAUGGCGGGCCUGGCGUGAGGUCACUUACUACUGCAUCGGUCGGCUCAUGGAGGUGAAGGAACAAGUGGCUUCAAAUCUUCGAAUCAAAGGUCUGACAGCUAUGCAGAGACCAGGGCGGAAUUCCAAGUACGUGGUUUAGUGACAAACCUGGAUAAGUCAACUCAGAGUAAGUAGUAAAGCUCCUACAACAAGAACCCUAUGGCAUUGUUUUGUAAGGAGAAUGAAGCCAUACAGCUCUUCUAUUAGGAGGUUUACCCCUUGUUAACCUGAGUUAACUUAGCCAGAUUUGUCACUAAACCACGCUGGAAUACCCCCCAGUAGUGUGAGUGCAUAUGUAUGAGUGGGUCAGUGACAUAUGGAUGUUGCUGUGUAUUUAAAAUGUGUAUGUGGCUAUAAAUGUAUGUGAACGUAAGACUUGUUGAGUGGGUCUGUCAUUGGGUGCAUAAUAUGUCCAAUAGGUUACCUCACCACACAGAAACAGAAACAGACACAGAAGUCACUUCAAUCAGUUUUAAAUCAUUCAUAAAACACCCUGCACAAUUCACAUUCCUGAAUGUCAGAACUACGUUCUAUAAAUCUUACCCAGCAAUACAAAUUAUAUAAAGCUGAUUUGAUUCAUACAUAAAAAAAACUGACUGUAGAAAUCACUCAACCAGCAGCUAGUGAAAGUUAAUCUCUCUCUCUCUCUCUCUCUCCACAUGAUGGAUCAGUCACACAAGAUUACUAAAGCAUGGAAACACUCACAAGCACGCACGUGCGCACACACACACACACAUUCUUUCCAAUAAAAAAAGACAAAAAUCAGCUCAGUGCACGACAUAGGAUGGGUUCUCGGUGUGUGAAUGGAGGUCAUCUGUGAUUGGUCGGUAGUUUGAAAGCCAUUGUGGUGAGGCGUUCUUCCCUUUUCUGUAGGUCCCAGGCAGGCAUGCCACAAGCUCAUAGGCUGCCUUUGUACUCAUGGCGACAGUAUCCCACAAACAGGGGCUCAGCUGGGAUACCACGUCUGUCCAGACACACACACAAUAAAUCACCCAUCAAUUUCAUUCAAUAUUGUUCAAUAAAUAACUGAGUAUUUAACUUGCUUAAAUCGGUCAUUUCCAUGAUGUGAAAAAGAUAUAAAAAAAAAAAUAUAUAUAUUAAAAAAACAUACAUCCACACCUUAGGCUGUAUAUUAUUUAUGCAUAAUUAUGAAACAUUCCAUCAUCCACACAUUGUACAUUAUGUAUGCCGUAACUACUAAACGUUUCAUACGUUCAGUUUUUGACGAACAUUUGCAAACACUUGAAAACAGUCUGAGGUAGAGGUAGAGGUAGAUCUUCUCGAACAUACAGUGGAGCUGGACGUGGGUUUGACGAAGGCAACAAUGCAAUUACCGUUACAAUGAAAUGUUGACACCAAAUCGCUCAGAUUUAAUUGUUCAGAGAAAACAUGUUCGCCACAAACGCUUCGCCAAUGUUUUUUGAAUGCACCUAUGGUGUAUAAUCUGCGUCAUGUCACGUGGGUGUUUGCCGCAUAAGGUGUAUAAUGUAAGUUAAGUAACAGGGUGUUUGCAGCAUAUUGUGUAUAAUGUAAAUUAAGUAACAGGGUGUUUGCAGGGGUGCCGGGGUACUCACUCGAUCAUGCGGCAGCGGUGCUGCACCAGGCGGAUGUAGGCCUCGUUCACAUCCUUCACACUCUGGUCACUCCACAGCCUCUCAGCAACAGCACUGGCACGGGGCCUAUAUACACACACACACACACACACACACACACACACACACACAGAAAGACAUUAUUAUUUAGUGACGGCAAACAUGAAUAAUUUAAUCUAUUUUGGCCUGAAAAGAUAAGUAUCUUUAGCAUGUGUGGAUGGGAUACGUUUAGGGUGUUGGAGAGUGGUGGUUGUAUUGUGUAGGCAUGGAGUGCACUGUUGGACAGAUGGGAUGUCGAUGUCUGUUCUAGAAGUUUCCAUCUUACCAGAGGCGGGGGGUGAGGUUGGUGGCAUCCACAUACUCUCCCCAGAGACACGCCUCCCCACCAAUCACAAGCUUCUUCUGCUCCUCAGUGCC